GGUUCCGGCAGCCUAGACGAACCACAACCUCACUUCCGGGAAGAUGGCGGCGCGCGGGUCAGCUGCUGCACGUGAGUCUGUCGGAAGGCGCCCUCGGUGAAGGAUAAUGCAACUUUCCUGGUGAGCCUGAGGACAGAGCUUUGUCCACCAUGAAUGUCACUCCGAUGGUCAAGAGUCAUGGGAUGAAGUUUGCUGAGGAGCAGCUGCUGAAGCAUGGAUGGACUCAAGGCAAAGGCCUGGGCCGAAAGGAGAAUGGCAUCACUCAGGCCCUCAAAGUGACCCUGAAGCAAGAUACUCAUGGGGUGGGGCAUGACCCUGCUAAGGAGUUCACAAACCACUGGUGGAAUGAGCUCUUCAAUAAGACUGCAGCCAAUUUGGUAGUAGAAACUGGACAGGAUGGAGUACAGAUAAAGCACCUUUCUGAAGAGACUGCCAAUCGAAAGUACUCCAAGCCUAAUUUGUUAUAUCAGAAGUUUGUGAAGACAGCCACACUGACUUCAGGUGGAGAGAAGCCAGACAGAGACUUGGAGAGCAGCAGUGAUGAAGAUAACCAGGGACCCAUACCUCCAAAUAUUCUGACAGAUGAAAUGCUGCUCCAAGCUUGUGAGGGUCGAACAGCACACAAGGCUGCCCGUCUUGGGAUUACGAUGAAGGCCAAGCUUGCUCGGCUAGAAGCCCAGGAGCAAGCCUUCUUGGCUCGUCUGAAAUGCCAGGACACUGGGGGCUCUCAACCACAGACUGAGAGCAAACCUACCCCAAAAAAGAAAAAAAAAAGGAAGCAGAAAGAUGAAGAAACUAUAGCAACUGAAAAUUCAGGUGAAGAGUACCUAGAACAAAUUAACCAGAGUUUCAGGAAGAGCAAGAAGAAAAGACAACAUCAAGAACAAGUCUUGGAGGAGAGAGAGGGAAUAACUCUAGGGUGUGAGGAGGAAGAGACUGUAGGAACAAGUGGGCUUGAGAAACUAAAGAACAGAGAACAAUCCAAUUGGUCCCUCAAGAAAAGGAAGAAAAAGAAGAGGCGGCACCAUGAAGAGGAUGAAAUGGGAGUCUUCAGUGAAGAAGAAAAAGGCAAGGAGGCUCCAGGUAGUGUCAGUACAAAAGAGGUGGAAAGCGGAGUACACGCUGACCUGUACAUCAAAAGCAAAAAGAAGAGGCAUUGUAAGCAAGAGGGCUUGAACACAGAGGAGGAAGGAGGGCUGGAGACUGCUUUAGAUGGCAGGACUAGGGAAGCAGAAAGCAGAGCCAGGAGUGAUGGCAGAAGCAGGAAAAGCAAGAAGAAAAGACAAAAGCAUCUGGAGGAGCAGGAUGAGGUUUGUUGUAUAAGUCAUGAAAAUGUGGAUGAUAGGGCUAGGGAAGUAAAGAGCAGAGGUAAAAGACAGCAGUCACUUAUAGAGGAAGAGAGAGCUGGAGUCAACACUGGCCAGAGAGUCAAAAAGAAGAAAUCAAAAGAGAGAGAAUGAAGGUCUGGAUCAAGGGGGGGCUCAAUCAGUUACCUUCCCACUACAGUGUAACCUCCAGAGAGAGCUGAGUUGAAACGAGCACCCAUCUCAGUUCCCAAGGAGGAAAUUGAACUCUGGAACCCGCAGUCCGUUGAGAGAACCAAAGCGCUGUGCCUUAGCUGAGAAGUUCUGUUCUUAGCCUGUCGAACAAAGAGCCAGGAAUCUAAAAGACAAGGAAUGCUAGGGGCUGUGGGAAGAGGAAUACAGGUAGGGGCAUAUGCACUUGCAGUAACACCCAUGUUAAAGAAGCUGAAAAUUUAAA